AUGGCAGACCAUGAUAUGGUGUCCUUCAUGGCUGAAGCCCAAUCUGCCGUUGAAGAACUCAUGAUGUUUUUGGAAGCGGACCCAUUAGAGGAUAUAAAAAAGAAACUAGAAAAAUUUUACAUGGUGUUGAUCCUUUGUGCCCUACAUCCCGAUUUUGAUCAUCUCAAAGAUCAGCUUCUGACCAGUCACGAGGUCCCCUCUAUGGAAACAUUGACCACUCGCCUUCUUUGUGUUCCGGUACCUCAAACUCAGGAAGCGCAUGAACUAGUGGAACCAUUUUCCAUGGUUGCCACACAAGGAAGAGGAGGACGUGGCACUAAAGGAAGAGGACGAGGAGGUCGGGGACGUCCUCAAUGCACAUACUAUAAAAUGAUCGGUCACAUUCAAGAGAGUUGCUACUCCUUACAUGGUUUCCCUUCAAAAACCGCCAAUAUUUCGAAGACUGAAACUUUCAUUUCAAAGACUGAAACUUUCACUUUUAAGUUCACCAAGGAUGAAUAUCAAAAGUAUUUAAGGUUAAAGUCUAACAGCUUGGUACAAUCAUCUCAAUCUCCCAAUACAUCAAUAACCUACGUUUCUCAAUCCAUGGAAGGUCAAAAUUCAUGA